AUUACAGGAUCACCACCAAUGUCUGGACAACAAGGCGCACAUCAGGGGAGGAAACACAGGCGCUCUCUCCUCUCUCUGCCACUGCUGCCCACAAUAACAGAAACACUGGAGGACCCUCCAUCUCACCCCUCAGCCUGUCAAUCUCCUCAGCGGUCCCAGACCCAGGACGACUACAUGAGCAGCAUCCAGGCGCUGGCGCGUCCAGCUGAGGUUUUGAACUGUGGACCUCGCAGACUUCAGAGGUCACCCAGACUCAAGCAAGUCUCAAAGAUGAAGAGCUCUCUGCCUCGGGCCUCUCCACGUGCUCUCAGGACCUCGAGUCUAAAGGACUCAGAAGAGUUUGACUGUCGAGGGAAAGACCCUUUGGACUGGCUCUAUGGACAAAUACACACUUAAGACAUGGAUUAAAGUGGACCACUGCACUUUACAGGAUGAUGCUGGACAUUAAAUGAAUAUGAAGACGGCAGGACCAGAGAUUCUGAGGGGUGGACAAGUUAUUUAUUUAACCUUGUGUUUACAGUCUCUCUAUUCUAUAUAAAUGUUUCCUAUUUUUGUAAUAAAACACACAAACAAAAAGGA